GAGCCGCGGGUGCACCACGGCGAGGGUGGCGUCGCCUAAGCCGCGGGAGCUGGGGCGGCGCGGAUUCCUCAAUCGCCGAGUGUGAUGAAGCUGCCCUGCCUCGCUGCUCCGCUCGCCGCCAGCUGACACCGCCUGCGCUCAGCCGGCUCCGGAAGGGAGACGCCGUGGGGCUGUGACCUUGGCCGAGGAGGGCAGACUGAGAGUCUUGAGAAUUCCUGUAUCUGAGCAGCAGAGGAAGUGUGACAUGGCCCAGGGGAAUAAUUAUGGGCAGACCAGCAAUGGGGUGGCAGAUGAAUCACCCAACAUGCUGGUAUACAGAAAGAUGGAAGACGUCAUAGCACGCAUGCAAGAUGAAAAAAAUGGAAUUCCUAUUCGGACUGUUAAGAGCUUUCUUUCCAAGAUACCUAGUGUCUUCUCUGGCUCAGACAUUGUUCAAUGGUUAAUAAAGAAUUUAACUAUAGAAGACCCAGUGGAAGCACUCCAUUUGGGAACAUUAAUGGCUGCCCAUGGCUACUUCUUUCCAAUCUCAGAUCAUGUCCUCACACUCAAGGAUGAUGGCACCUUCUACAGGUUUCAAACACCCUAUUUUUGGCCAUCAAAUUGUUGGGAGCCGGAAAACACAGACUAUGCGGUUUAUCUCUGUAAGAGAACAAUGCAAAACAAGGCAAGGCUUGAACUAGCAGAUUAUGAAGCUGAGAGCCUGGCCAGGCUGCAGAGAGCAUUUGCUCGAAAAUGGGAGUUCAUUUUUAUGCAAGCAGAAGCACAAGCAAAAGUGGACAAGAAGAGAGACAAAAUUGAAAGGAAGAUCCUUGAUAGCCAAGAGAGAGCAUUCUGGGAUGUGCAUAGACCUGUGCCUGGAUGUGUAAAUACCACUGAAGUGGACAUCAAGAAGUCAUCCAGAAUGAGAAAUCCACACAAAACAAGGAAGUCUGUCUAUGGUUUACAAAAUGACAUUAGAAGUCAUAGUCCAACCCACACACCCACACCGGAAACUAAACCUCCGACAGAAGAUGAGCUCCAGCAACAGAUAAAAUAUUGGCAAAUACAGUUAGACAGACAUCGGUUAAAAAUGUCCAAAGUUGCUGAUAGCUUGCUAAGUUAUACAGAACAGUAUUUAGAAUAUGAUCCAUUUCUUGUGCCACCUGACCCUUCUAACCCAUGGCUAUCUGAUGACACUACUUUCUGGGAACUUGAAGCAAGUAAAGAACCAAGUCAACAAAGGGUAAAACGAUGGGGUUUUGGUAUGGAUGAAGCAUUGAAAGACCCAGUUGGAAGAGAGCAGUUCCUUAAAUUUCUAGAGUCAGAAUUCAGCUCCGAAAAUUUAAGAUUCUGGCUAGCCGUAGAAGACCUGAAGAAAAGACCUAUUAGAGAUGUUCCCUCCAGAGUUCAGGAAAUUUGGCAAGAAUUUCUGGCUCCAGGAGCCCCGAGUGCCAUUAACUUGGAUUCUAAGAGUUAUGACAAAACCACACAGAAUGUGAAGGAUCCAGGAAGAUAUACAUUUGAAGAUGCUCAGGAGCACAUUUACAAACUGAUGAAAAGUGAUUCAUAUCCACGUUUUAUAAGAUCUAGUGCCUAUCAGGAGCUUCUUCAGGCAAAGAGAAAGGGGAAGUCUCUCACGUCAAAGAGGUUAACAAGCCUUGUUCAGUCUUACUAAAAGGAUCAUCUUGUAGCAUGGAAGCAGACUGGCAUCUUUGCAUAUACUGUGUAGAUCUUUGUUGUUACCUGGAACAGAGGACACUAGACCAAGAUGUUGCAUGAGCAAAGGACCUGAAUUGUUCUUACUUUGUGUACAUUAAGGCAUUGCCAUCUGCGUGGAACUCCACCAUUUCAAUGCCUCCAUUUCAAAAUGUUGUCUGCUUAUUUCCCCCUUGUACUAAGCUGGAAAUUUGUCUUUUCCUUUUAAGCAAGUGAAGUAAACUUCUUUAUUUCCCUUUUGCACACCUUCUCUCUCUCUUUCUCUCUCUCUCUCUCUUUCUCUCUUUCAGCUUUUGCUAGACACACAGUUCACUUAAAAUUCAGUUACAAACUGGAAGAAUUGUAAAAGAAAAACGUAUAUAUCUAUAAGUAUGGUUCACAUUUAUUAAACAGUAAAUUAGCACAGAAAGUUUCAUUUCAUCAAUGUAUUCACAGUUGUAAACAAUCUCAUGUCUUUGUCUAUUGUCUGUACAUUCUAGGUUAAUGUUCCUUGCAUUUAUUUUUAUACCAUAUUUAAAUAAGAACACCUUUUAUUCCUAAUGUAUUAAAGAUUAUCUCUUUCUCUGGAAAUUUGUGUAUGUUUAUAUUGUUUUAUCUUUCAUUAAAAGAUGAAUAAUCUC